AUGCAUGCCCAUGGAAGCAAUGCAGAAAGACGAAGUCGAAACAGUGUCGGAGUUGAGUGUGCGCAUGAGGCAGGCGAUGUGGGACAUCAGGCAGUGAGCAGCAAUGAGCAACGGAAGCUUUUCAGUUUGACAUGCUGUGUUUGCAUUACGUCUCAGCCAUACCCUUCCAGCACCACCACAACCAGCCGGCAAAUUAAGCAGGUGGAGCUGCCGGGGAUCGUUGUGCACGAAGUGGAGGUGUCAGCAGGCGGUGACAAGACCGAGGGGCAGCAGCAAGUUUCCCUGGAAUCCACGGCAAGCACUUGCAGCCCUGGUGUUCUCACCAAGUCUGCCUCUACAUGCAGCCAGUGCCUCUGCGAGGCCACCAGCCUGUUCCUGGAUCCAAGCGAUCUGAACCAGUACUGUGAGAGCUGCUGGAUUGAGUAUUACGGACACCCACCUUCUCGCUCGGAGCUGGCGCUGGUUCCGGUAGAGGUGUCAGAGCCUUUGGCAGAGGAAGUCCUUGCAGAGGCCUGGUCGGAGCAAAUUCUGCCAGGCUGGCCUCCACCCUACGUGUCUAGCAGAGUACUUCCGGACGAAGGACCAGAAACGUGGACCUUCGUGCGGAUGCGUCUGCGCCGUGAUAUAUGCGGUGGCCAUGCGCGGGAGCAGCUCAGCAGCUUCGGCCUGGCAACGGGAGAAGUCCUCGCCCAAAGGUAUCAGGUAGAACAUCCUGUUGGCGAAGGACAUUUCACCAAGGCUUUUCAGGCCCGGGAUCUCAAAGAAGGUCGGCAGGUGUGUGUGAAACGCCACAGGAAUCUUCCCAUUGAGGCCUUGAGCGAUUUGUAUGUUGUUGGCCAGCGGUUGCAGGAAGUGGACCCAGGUGGGAGCUUCUUUCCAAUCCUUGUUGAUGCCUUCUAUGACUCGGUCGGCUACACAGUCGAGAGCAUGUUAGAGGGUCGCAAUUGUUUGGCGCUGUCUACCGAGCUGAGUUUCUUCCAAGACUUGGGGAAGCUGCGGCUCGUGGCUUUUGGAGCACUUUCAGGCUUAGUGAUGCUGGACAAGGCGGGUGUCGUUCACAACGACAUCAAGCCGGACAAUCUUAUCUGGACCGAGGCUCAUGGCUCCGGUCCUCGUGUAAAGAUUGUGGACUUCGGAUGUGCUCGUCUUGACCAUCGUCAUGAAAGCGGCCGCAACUGGGCUCUUGCCGAAGGUGGCGCUGGUCAUUUGGGCAAGUGGGCUCCUGAGAUGACCCUCCGCCUCGCCAUUGGUCACCGCGCAGAUGUCUGGGGCACUGCUGUAUCUCUGUGUGAACUGCUUUGUGGGCGCACGGUCUGGCGAUCGGAGAUGGACACAGCAGAGGUUGUGAUGACACAAGCGCUUGGUUUGUGCAACCUACGUGACGGCGUGCCGCCGUCGCUUCUCCGGCGGAGUCCUCUGGACGUUCGCCAGCUCUACACCCCAGCACCGCGGCACUGGCCACUACGGCGAAAUGCUUCUGGCCAGAUGGAGACGCUCAGGCCGAAGCGCUGGGGGCUUGAGCAAGUUCUCGGCCAAGGAUGGCAGAGUUCGGAGAAGCUGGAGCUGGGACAGCUGCUCAUCGCUGCCCUCGUGCUGGCUGGGACUUCAGUGCGUAUUAUAGUCAGAUUCACCGAAGCAUUGCCCACCUUGUACCUAUGCUUAGCCUCUAUGCUCACAUCCUCCUCUGCUGCUGAUGUACGUAAAUAG